UGAGGAUGAGAUAACAUACUGCAACAGGUGAGGAUCCUUCAUCAGUUUGCAAGAGUAUUGAGAAACAUAUUUCUUUCAAUAGAUGAGGCAACAACCUAAAGAAGACGGUGUGAUUAUGUAUUCAAAUGCAUCUGCUGGGGAAUUUCUAACACUGGCACCAUUGGGUUUAUCUGCUACAGAUAUUUAUCCAGCGUUUGUAUUUGGUGCACUUAGUUAUUUUAUUAUUGUAUUUUGCAACAUGUUGGUUUUAACAACUAUUGCUGUGAGUAAAAAGCUACACAAGCCCAUGUUUAUCCUGCUGUUCAACUUGCCCAUUAGUGACAUGUUGGGUGCUACAGCUUUUUUUCCUCAGCUUCUUCUCAGCAUUGCAACACAGAACAGGCUGAUUUCAUAUCCUGCAUGUAUUACUCAAGGUUUUCUGAUUCACUUUUAUGGUACAGGAAACCUGCUGAUCUUGACUGCCAUGGCAUAUGACAGGUACAUUGCUAUAUGUUGUCCUUUAAGGUAUAAUACCAUCAUGAGUCCACAUAAUUUAAUCAGAAUUAUUUUUGCAAUAUGGACUAUAAAUGUCGUAAUUAUUGUUACAUUGUUUGUUUUACUUGUGCGGUUUAAAGUUUGCAGGACAAAUAUAGUGGAUUUGUACUGUAACAAUCCAUCAUUAUUGAAACUGGUCUGUGAGGACACCAAAUUGAACAACUACUAUGGAAUAGUUUUUAUAAUUGUGCUUCAGGGUGGACCACUGUUGAUAUUAAUAUACACAUAUGCACAGAUCUUGCGUACAUGUGUCAUGACUAAUCAUACAGAUGCCCGGAGAAAAGCCAUUCAGACAUGUGGUACACAUUUAGUUGUUUUCUUAAUUUUACAAAUCAAUACUACCUUUACACUCAUUGCUCAUCGUAUUGAGGGUGCAUCCCCUUUCAUCAGAAGGGCUCUUGGUGUGUCAAUUUUAAUAUUUCCCCCUUUGUUGGACCCAAUUAUAUAUGGACUGAAAACUGCAGAACUGAAGCAGAGCAUGUUACUGUACCUAAAGAGAAAUCUUUGUCCAAUUAAGCUGUAACCCAUUUUUGAUUUUAAUUUGAUUACAUAAUUCUAGAAAUCAUGCUCAGAGUACACCUGCAUUUUAUAUUAUGCAGAUUAUGUUCAUCUCCUCUAACGUGUCAUGUAUUGUUGCAACAUGGAGAAGUUACUCAUCUUUGUUUGCUGAUUAUUUGUCUAAUGAAUAUAUUGUACUUUUCUCUAUAUAGGUUAUGUGUAUGUGUUUGUCAGCAUUAGUACAGAUCACAGAUCAACAGCUUACAUUGCCACUGUAGGCAGUUUUAAUAAAAGGUAAGGAAAAUUACCACAGGUGUGCACAAUAGACUGAAUCACAGAUUCUUUCAAAACUGCCAGAAGAUAUGAUGAAAUAUUUUUACAGUGUAUGUGCAGCUGUUGUGAUUUCCUCUACAUUGCAAUAAAAGUACAUCU